AGGUCAUCUCCUUCUUCUUCUUCUUGUUCUCGCUCUCUUGAUCGUAUUUGAAACCCUAGAUCACUCCUCUUUGUUUAUAGAAACCGGUCCUAAACCCUUGAUGGAAGCUCGAAUUUUGGGCGCUUUUGCUUCUGAUUUAGUUGAAGUUUUUCCAAUAUCUGCCGAAAAUUUCGUGUUUUGAUCCGGAAUAAGUGCUGGGGUUGCUUGUUCUCCUGGAUUUGAUGGAUUAGUCGGUGGAAAGGGGGAGGGAGAUGGUGAGGGAGGGAUCGAUGAAGAUGGGGCCGGUGUCGGUGGCGAACGGGGGUUUUGAAGAGUUUGAGCGGGAUCUUGAGGCAGUGUUGCGGGAGCAGCAGCAUCAGAGUCGGGCGGCGCUUGAUCGGGAGCAUGAGCUCAACUUCUACCGCAGCGGCAGUGCUCCGCCAACUGUAGAGGGAUCGAGAACGGCUUUGGGUAGCUUGUUCGGUGUCCCUGAGUCGCAGCGCCCUGGCAAUCAAACUAACAGCGAAGAUGCUGGAGAGCUUCUCUCUGAGGAGGAGAUGAGGUCGCAUCCUGCUUAUUUAUCUUAUUAUUACUCGAAUGAGAACCUGAAUCCUAGAUUGCCUCCACCUAUGGUAUCCAAGGAGGAUUGGAGAUUGGCUCAGAGAUUUCAUGGGUUUGGUGGUAUUGGUGAUCGGAGGAUGACCAAGGAGUCUUGGAAGGGUGAUGGAAGUAGUAGCUCUCUUUUUUCACUGCAGCCUGAUCUCUCUGCUUGUGGUGAAGAAAGAGGAUUUUUGGAUCACUCACCCCAUGACUUGCUGCAGCAGCAGUCUGCAGAAUGGUUCAAGAACAUUGGCGAUGGGCUAAUUGGAUUACCAGAUGUUGGAUUAGGCGGGAGGAGGAAAAGCUUUGCAGAUGUGAUUCAGGGAGAAAUUGGUCAUUCUUCUAGCAUAUCUGGCCAUCUUUCACAUCCUGUCAAUCAUAAUAAUUUUGACAAUGUUGUUGAACCAACAGGUGUAUCCAAUCCGCAACAUGCACUGUUUCAUAAUGGAUCAGACAGCAUAGAUGACUUGGACUCUGGGGUAGCUAAUCCUGGCCUUGUCAGGGUCAAGAGCCUUGGUGCAUCAAUUUCCCAUUCCUUUGCCUCUGCUGUCAAAUCUGCUAGAAGUGCAACGCCUGAUCACCAACCAAUUAGGCGCUCCCCAAGCCCUCUUCUCCCCCCUGUGGCAGGUAGUCCAUUUGAUAGUAAUAAAACGGCUCUGAUAAAUUCAAAUGGUGGAAGUGAUGUUUCUGCACACAUGGCUGAUGACAGUAGUAUGGUAGCUGCAUUAUCUAGCAUGACCCUGUCCAAAAAUAUUGGAUCAGAUGGAGGGAAUCAUAUAGGCCAGCUUCAUGAAGAAUUUGAUGAUCAAUCUGAAGUGCUGUCAAGCUUCCCCAGACAUCAUACUCAUUAUAUGCAGCAGAAGAACUUGCAUAAAUCUGAAGGUGAGGCGUUAAGCAUUUCUGGCAAUUUUCUUCCUGGGUAUACCAAUCUUUCCAAGAAAAAUGGUGUUUUGCCUGAUUUCAAUUUAUCUAAACUAACUUCAAAUGGGCAAAUCAACUUGCACAAGCAAACAUCCUCUAGUAAUCUUUACAAGGCCAUGCCUAGUACUGUUGAUUCAACAAGUCUGUCUGGAUCUGGUCUUUAUCAAACUGCAGAGAUGCAACAUAAUCCCAGGCUGCCAGCUAUGCUGAAUAAUCAGCAUGGUGCAGGUGUUGCUCUAGGGGGUGUUGGUGAAGGGCAGUAUCUGAAUAGAACUGGAGAUCAAAUGUUAUCUGGUUUUCAGGUACCAAUUGCUGAACCACUGUAUUCACAUUAUGCACAGGGAUCCUCUGAUUCUGUUACACAAGCUGUUGCCAGACCAGAUCCUUCUUUUGGAAGGAACUUCUUGGGUAAUCCUCCUAUUGACUUACCUGGGUAUCAGAAAGCAUACCUAGAAGCCUUGCUUGCACAACAGAGGCUGCAGUAUGGUAUGCCAUUUGUUAGCAAAUCAGGUUUGAAUGGAUUCUAUGGCAAUCCUGCUUUUGGCCUUGGCAUGCAUUAUCAAGAAAACCCUAUAUCUAGCUCCAUUCUUUCAUCUUUGGGUCCCGGGAGUCCUUUAAGACAGAAUGAUAGAUUAUCUCGUUUCCCUUCUAUAACGAGAAACAGCACAAGAGGAUCCGCUGAAUCAUGGAGCUUAGAUAAUAGUACUAUUGAUGAAGUUUUUGUCUCAUCUUUGCUGGAUGAAUUUAAGAAUAAUAAAGCCAGAUCUUUUGAACUCUCAGAUAUUGUGGACCAUGUUGUAGAAUUCAGUAUGGAUCAAUAUGGAAGUCGGUUUAUUCAGCAAAAACUAGAAACUGCCUCCUUUGAAGAGAAAAACAAGAUCUUUCCAAAAAUUAUUACUCAAGCACGGUCUUUGAUGACCGAUGUUUUUGGAAAUUAUGUAAUACAGAAGUUUUUUGAGCAUGGCACUGAUGUUCAGAGAAAACAAUUGGCAAGUCAACUCACUGGGCAUGUGUUACCUCUCAGUCUUCAAAUGUAUGGCUGCAGGGUUAUUCAGAAGGCUUUAGAAGUUGUUGAUGUGGACCUGCAAACCAAAAUGGUGUUGGAGCUUGAAGGUUCAAUUAUGAAAUGUGUACGUGACCAGAAUGGGAAUCAUGUUAUCCAGAAAUGCAUUGAACGUGUUCCUCAAGAAAAGAUACAAUUUAUCAUUAAGACCUUCUAUGGGCAAGUUGUGACACUCUCCACUCACCCAUAUGGUUGUCGUGUCAUUCAGAGGGUCUUGGAGCACUGUGAUGAUCCAGAAACACAACGCAUCAUGAUGGAAGAAAUACUAGAAUCUGUGUGCACAUUGACCCAAGAUCAAUAUGGAAAUUAUGUUGUGCAGCAUGUGCUCCAACAUGGCAAACCUGAAGAACGAUCUUUAAUAAUCAGCAAGCUAACUGGACAGAUAGUAAAGAUGAGUCAACAGAAAUUUGCAUCGAAUGUCAUUGAGAAAUGCUUAGCUUAUGGUACUCCUGAAGAGCGUCAGCUCCUAAUAGAUGAGAUGCUUGGUUCGAAUGACGAGAAUGAACCAUUACAGGCAAUGAUGAAAGAUCAAUUUGCAAACUACGUCGUGCAGAAAGUUCUUGAAACCUGCGAUGAUCAAAAUCGAGAAUUGAUCCUUUCACGCAUCAAAGUUCAUUUGAAUGCUUUGAAGAAGUACACUUACGGAAAACAUAUUGUUGCUCGAGUUGAAAAGCUGAUUGCCACAGGCGAGAGGCGGAUUGGAAUAGCGGCAUACUCAUCCUGAAGAGACGAUUGCAGUACAUUAUUGUACAGAUGAUAACAAGGCUAGUCUUACCAGCAACUGAAGUCAUUUCAAUCAGCAUAAAUAGGCAAAGUAGAAACCUAGUUUGGCCUUCCUUGUAAAUAAAUGUUAGGCCUUGGAAUAAAAUUUUUUUGCUCAAAUCCUAAUGUAUAUUCUGAACUUGUAAUUCAAGCCAUAAAGAGCAGCAGCACUGCUGCCAUGAGGAUUAUAUAUAUAUAAAUAUAUAUAUAGGUUAGCUUGCAUGGAGAAAGGCCUACAAGAUGAAGGUCUAUUGCAGUUAGUGCUUAUAAGCUUCUGUAAAGAUAGCAAACCAAAAUGUAAUGGUUUAAUGACUUUGUAAAGACAGGCUGCAGAGGUUCUGUUAUAUAUUUUAAGUAUUUGCAUCUCUUUAACUUCA